UACAUUAUUCAUUAUAUUUACAUUAUUCAUAGUUAUCAAUAUGCUUGACAGAUUCAUUAUCGGCUGUGACAAUUAUUAUUCAAAGUGCAAAGGGUUAAACAGUAAUGGCUGCACACUCGCCCAUAAAACGGUUGCACAAUAAAGCGGAAUCAUCGCGGAAGGCACGCGCGAUCUGGACUUUACGCGUGUUCUUGCGUGAGGCAUGCGUGCAAGCUCUUCCAUAUAUAAAUACUCGUGUGUCAGUGGGAAAAUCUCAGUCGGCCGAUACUUGGUGCCUGUGUAGCUCUUCUCUCAUCCAGCUACCACUGUUCAAAAGUUCACCACGUGAUUUUCUUGCUUCUCGAAGGGAACAAAAUUUCAAAAAGGAAGAAGAGAAGAUAUUUCACCUUUCAAGCAAACCCAAGUUUAUUGUGCUAACAUCUUUUUUCUUUAGAAAAGAAGCAUGAAGAUAAAUUUAUAAAGCAAAGAAAAUCUAAAAAAUAAAUCAAUAAAGCAGAGAAAAAUCUAAAAAGAAAAAGAAUCUCUUCAGUUUUCUGAAAGCGUGGUGAUUUCGUUCUUAAAAAGACGCAACAAGAAGAAUUUUUUAUCCUUCCUGUGUUCUUGAUAUCUUCAGUUUGAUCUAAUAUAACGUAAUUCUUGAGUAAAAGAAUCAAUGGGACCAAGAUCUUGCAAGUUCAGUAAUCAAUAACAAUCAAUUUGUUGAGGAUCAUAGAUCAAUUCAGCAUCGAGUACGGUUCUCAGUAAAAAAAUCCAAGUUUUGAGUUUACUUUGCAAUUAGGAAAUCAGCUAAGACCAAUAAUGAAAGGCAGACCAAGGGGAUCGCUUCUAAGACUCUUGAUUCUCAUCCUGACGACGGUGGAUCAGAUGAUGGUAAUCUUGACAGCUCAUCCCGGCGGUCAUUAUCAUCGAGUCUCGAGGAGGAUCCAUCUGCCACGUGCGAUGGAAGCUACCAAGAAGUUUCUCUGCAGAGAACCCCAAUCGAGAGCUUACAAUCUGAGGGAUCUGGUGCACAGUAUGCAACCAAGCGAGAGUGUGAAUCAACCAGUGUACAUUGUGGUGAAGAAGUGCGACAGCCACUCAGGCUGCUGCGUUAGCCCCGAUCUCAGCUGCGCGCCGGUACAGUCGUCGAUCUAUCACGAGGACAUGGAGGUCGAGGUUUGGAGUCUGUUGACGAAUAGCACGAGGAGAGUAUGGAUUAGGAUCGAACAGCAUGGUAGGUGCAGCUGCGAGAUCAGUAGUGCUAGUGAGAGACUUAGAGAAGACACUCGGCCACCUAGUAUACAGAUUCUUUGAUCCUUGAAGUUUCUUGGAUCCUAGAUUCAGCACUGAAGCAGAGAACUGCAAGUAGAUCGAUCAGUAGUUGGCUGAUUAUCCUGCAUUUCGAUCGACACGCUGUGCUGGAAGAAGAAUAACGUGGAGUGUCAAUUGAAGUUGAUUACUCAAGACUGGGAUUCAUUUUUUUAAAUUUCUAUUUGUGUACACUUUAAUUUCUUAAGGUUUCCUUAAAAUUGCAUGUCGUGGUAGAACGGAGAUUAAAGAUGCGACAACACUAAUUUGCUCGCUAAGAAUUUUUAAUAUACAGUGCAAUAUUAUAAAAAAACUGAUAUAAAGUGUUGAUAAAUGUAUUUGUCAAUUGUAGUUGAGAGACUGAGAACAGCUUUUAUAAUUAAUACUCGACUUAUCCGUUUACGGCUACAUGAUGGCAGAAAACAAGAAGCGAUAAAGUGAAAUUAGCAGACACUAUACGGACUGUAAAUUAGCUUAAUUAACAAGUCUAAUUAAUAAAUUAAGAAUAGAAAAUACAAAAAAAAUCGCUCAAUAAGUGAUUGUGAUUGUGAAGGAUUAUGUCAUGAAGAAUACAAAAAUCAUUAUUUGGAUGCGCGAGAAAAAGGAAACGAACCAAAUAGGUAAAUU